AGACACUGUGAUAUCUGAUAAACAAAAAUAAUCAGAUUAAUCGAUAAACUGUAGGUUACUUGGCAGUCCUAGCACAUUAAAAAAAAAUGAAAAUAUAACGAGUAGGCCUUGACUUUUCUUUUGAAAAAAUAGCACGUAAAAAACUGCCUUUGUCAGAAUCGGAGUUUGAUUCCUUUAAAAUCAGCUAUCGAAGUGUAAUAACGUACUAAAUUCUUCUAAAAUGAACGGCAAUUGGAAGACUCUCGACCAGACCAUGACUGUCGAGGCCAUUGCGGCCAUUAAGUCCAAGCGUUUGGCGAUGAAGAACGUACUCGAUGAGGAGGGCAAGCGCAAGAGGAUGCUGCAGCGCAAGACGGAUCGCCAGGAGCAAGAGCAGCAGGCGGAGAUUUGCCGGCGGGCCAUGGAGCGCGAGAGGCAGCCUCGCAGCCGCGAGGAGCAGCUGCUGGGCAAGAAGAAUCUGUCCGGAGUGCUGCAGUGCCUGGCGCUCUUCUACGAAGCCGAUAGGAGUCGCCAGGUGUCCAAGCUGGACGAAGUGCCGGUGGUGCCGCCCCAGCUGAAAACAGAGGAACGGCCGCCAAAGAGCAAGUACAAUCGCUACGACCAGGAGAAAUUCCUCAAGGGCCAGCAGGAGUUUGGCAUCAAUCCGCAGGGUAGUCACCUGGAGAAAGUGAAGUCCGCAUUCGUUAGGCUUAAUCAGCAGGGCAGCCACAUUGAGAAGACCAUGCCCACGAGCUUUAGUCCGAAAAUAGCCAAGACAGCUGAGAAUGUGGAGCGCCGUCUUAAGAUCGUUCAUUACCACGCCCGAAUGCCCAUAAUUGUGGUUCCGCAGGCCCUGACCAGUCUAAUCACCCUGCACAAUGCCAGGCAGCUUCUGCAGGAGAUGCGCUACGUCUCGGUGGAGCAAGCUCGCCAGAGCUACAGGCCCUCCAGGCCACCCCAGUUUUCCGACGAGGUCAUCAUCCAGCGACGCUUUCAGGACGAACUUGUGAGCUACCGGAUCAUCGACGUCGUGACCCGCCUGACCUCCGAGGAGUGGGUGCGGGUGGCCGCCGUGUUCGCUUUGGGUCCAAACUGGCAGUUCAAGGGCUGGCCGCUGGGCAAAAGCCUGGCCGACAUCUUCCAGCAGGUGUGCGCCUUUCACCUGUACUUUAAGGACUCGCCGCCGUGCAAGGAGCUGCAGAACUUGCCGGUUAACAUGCUCGCCCUGCCGCUGAACGAGCGGCACUCGGACUGCGGCAUCCUGACGGAGUUCUGGAACAAGCUGGACCACCACAUGGCCGUCCGUCACCGUCAGUUUGCGUUUGUAAAGCAGAAGUAGGGUGCUUACUUUCCCCUCGGCACACACACACACACACGGAUAGAGAUAAGCAGGGAAAUCAAUAAAUGAAAUUGAAUAGCCCAGAACAAAGGACGAAGGACGUAGACCCAAACUCACAUACACCAUACACACUCACACACACAUGGGGCAUUGCUGCGAUAAUAAAAAGUGAACGGGCGCAUCAGAAAAAUAUAUCACGUUUGUAUAAAAAUCAUAUAAAAACGUUGCGAAAACUGCAAACUUGGCAAGAAAAUUAAGAGCACAAACAAGUCGGAAAAUGAGGGGAAAGGAGGGAACUUGGCACGCGUGAGACAAAAGCUAAAUGACACACAAAGGAGCAGUUGUGUGUGGAUGUGAGGGUGUGCCAGUGUGCGGGGGUGUACUUAUGUAAGUCACUGUGCGUCCCACAAAACGUAAAGCUGUCAACGGCGUUCAGAGUGAUGGGGAAAAACAAAAAAUGGGGUGGCGAUAAGGACAGGGGACCCACUAAGAAGGGCGGUGGGCGCAAUAAAAAUCACUGGGAAAAUGGCAAUUUUUAUACACCACACACACACCCACACUCCCACAUGUGCUUGUAUUUAAAUAAAAUGCGUGCCAAGGCAUUGGCAUGUGUGAAUGUGUGUGUGAAGUAGGAUUUGAAGCAAUUGGCAGGCGAUAAAGGAUGCCAAAAGGAAAUGCACUAAACGAUUUAACAGUGGAAAAAAUAUAUGUAUAUAUUUAUAUAUUUAUUUUUAAAUUGGUAAAAUAAAGUUCACAAUUUGCUUACUUUAGUUUCAUAAAUUUUUGCAAAUAGUAAAUAGUUAUAAUAAUCGAUUUUCUACUUGGCCAAUUUGUAGUUUGUCCCACUGUCUAUCAUUUACUGAGUAAGUAGCUUCAGCUACUCGUCUCUCCUUCAGAUAAUUUGCCAACUUACGCAACACGCCCUAGAAAACGGUAGGUCCUUUUCGUCCUGCUUCUGUGGGUGUGGUCGUAUGUGGACAAAUCGAGUUUCGCUGCCAAUAUUCAAUUUUAUAAAUUGAGCCAAAGUGAAAGCGGAAAAAAAUGUGGGAAAGAAAUUCAAUUCGUGUUAGCAAAAUGUAUAAAACUUACGUAUGAGGAAAGUGAAUUUUCCACACGAGCUUGACGCAAAGUUGAUUCAAGCGACAGAAGUUUGGAUUACGUCAUUGAAAGUAGGAUGUUGGAGCUCCACAAUUAAGAAGAGCCUUUAAGUUAAGAUUUCUAUUUUAGUAUUUAUUGCUUCUGUAAGCACAGUGGGUGUUAAACUAACGCACGAACAAUAAAUUCACCAAAUGGGUUGGCCAUAAAUAUCCGAAAUUUGCAUUUUCCAAAACCCACACAAAAUCUGUCGCCGCUUGGCUACAAGCCGGAUUCAAUUGCAAAUGCCAUCGACACAGAUAGCUGGUCUUCCUCGCAGUUUUACUCCAACGAAUCGGACAUAAUUUAGCCUCAGUUGACACUUACUUUGCAACCCAACUUGAUAUAUCUCCUUAGCUAGCUUUAUUUUUCAGGAUUAAGCUCGCAUUUCUCGCCGUUCGUAGUAAACAAGCUGCAGCUAAUAUUAAUGAAUUGACUGCUUAAGCGAGAUUUUUGGAUCGCAGCAUGAAAGUCCUGAAAAUUGAAUCGAUAUCAUCUGGUGGCAUUACAGUUGGCUUAAACCUGAUUACGCACUGACUGGCACAACUUUGCGCCCAAGUGCCCGAACACCUACACAUGUGCCACGUGUCCAUAUACAUGUACAUAUAUAAAUUCCCCUACUUACGACAGGACAAAGUUUUUACUUCACACCCAAGCGAGAUUCGAGAGCUGAAAACCGAGAAGCACUUUGAGCCCCCAUAAAUCCCUUGGUUGCUGCGAAAAAGAACAACAAGCUGGACUACUAAACUAUGGCAAAAGUUUGCAGUGGAAAUCAGUAAAAAGUCAACUUUAGCAUCCGUAGAAUCGAAAGAAAGCUCCGCACCGAGCUCCGCGUUAACAACAUGGCUGUGGAAGCCAAGUGGAAAAAUCAACGAAAACAACCAGGCAAUCGCACAUGUCCGCAUGGCGAUGACAGCGGGAAAAGCGCAGCGAUGACAAGGACCACAAGGACGAUGUCCGCCAUCUUGUUUGGCGCAGCUUGUAUUGCCUUUGUAUUCGCCAUUGCCUGCCAAUUGACAGGCGGCAUUGAAUGCAGCCUGCAAUUUGCUUAAAGGACAAUGAUGACACACUAAAGAAAAGUAUGUUUAAAAAUCGUUUACAAAAAUUGUGCCUAGAAUUUAUUAUCGGACUAUAAAAGUAUCUACUGAAGCUAGAUUUUAAAGUGAUGUCCUUGCAGAGGCAAAAUAUGCUAUAGCUUUAUUUAGACAAUUCUAUUAGCUUUAAAACAAGUCUGUACUCCGAGAAGACCCAAAAAACCACAUGUCUUACAAUGUUUAUAAUGUAAAGAAUACGAAUUGAAACCAAAAUAUCUACAAAAUGAUUCAAGACAAAAGAAAUCCACGACUUAACUCAUAUCGUUUUUGUAUUGUGCGAACUUAAAUCUUUUCGAAAAAAUUACAAUUGAGAAAAGGCGACACCUUGUUGAAAAAUAUAAAAUAUGCCUUUAAAAUAUGCCUAUCUCGAAAAGAUGGUUGAAAUAUAAAAUAUUUUAUUUAUGGCUUAUUGGAAAGCGAUAUAACUGCGGAAAUAUUAUAUGAUGGAAUAUCAUAUUAUCAGAAGAGGGGAAAAGGUAAAAGCUGGUUAAUUGCAGGAUGUAAUAUCGUAAGCCUGACGCACGCCUUUCCAAGUGGCUUUCCAUGUUGGCCGUAUUUACAUUGCAUGUGGCAGUCGGGGAAAACUGUUGCACCCUCGCAAACAUUCAUCCGCCCGGGAAAUCCGAUUUUAAGGGGUUCAGCGGGGCUGCUUGGUGGUCAGCGUUUGCCUCGGCUCGCCCAACUUUUCAACUUGUGCCAAUCAAACAAGUUCAAUAACGGUAAUUAACAGUCCAACGCAAAUGCAGUUGCCAUUGCUAUUGCUAUCGCUAUUGCUAUUGCUAUUGCUUUUGCAGUUGCUGUUGCAAAAUGACGGGGCUGAGGGUGCAGUGCCUGCAAUUUGCGAAAAGUUCAAAGCUAUUAGCAUGUCCGAUGGCUCAACCUGAACGGAUGUCGAUGUCGAACCGACUGCUGUUUUGCGACGACAGAAGUUUUCCCCCCAACUGUCGGUUUUCCGGCCUAAUGGUGGAACUGCCCGCCAUCAGUUAAAGGCUAUUAGCCAUGCUCCCGGAAUGGAGAAGCCUGGUACUUGUGGGCGGAAAUAUACGACAGGCAGUCGGUUUCGUCAUUCUGGCCGGGCACGCCGGCAUUGUCCCACUGUAUGGCUCUUUGGACCACUCGGCAUGUCAGUUUUGAUUGAACCUGAUGGACCCGCUAACUCUCUAAUCAGAUUUAAUUGUGAAUGAUGUAUAGAGCCACUCGCCAGCGAAAGUCGUCUCUAAUGGGUAUUAAUGAAAAGGUUGUCUGUGGUGGGAGGUUAAUGUAAAGUGCGUCGCAGGCCUAUUAAACGCACUGACGUCAAAAGAGAAUACAUCAGAAUCUCAUAGGCCUCAAGAUGAGUACAUUUGCAAGGGUAAAGACUCUUCAAAGUGAUCCCACGCUCAGCUGAGGUUUUCAAGUUUUGACUUUAAUAUCUUAGGACUUUUAUAACAUCUUUAAAAUUAGCUCUCAUUAAUUUGAAUACUUUAUUUUUUGUCCUUUAAAAAAAUAUGAUCGAUUGGAUUACAAAUAUUUUUGAUUUGAUUACCAACUCAGUGUCUAUUAUUAAAUAAUUAAAAAAUGACAUUAUAUGGAUAUGCAAAGUAAAAUAGUACAUUAGUUUAGUAAAUAUAUAAUUUGCAUAAAGGCUUCCCUCUAAAGAUGUUUACGUAUUUCAAUAUGUGUAUUCCAUGGUACCUCAUGGCAACCAAAAAAGAACAUAACCAUGACGUGAGUUCCCUACGCUAAGCAUAAGAGCUCAUCCGUCUCGUAUUCAUAUAAUGCAUUUCCCCGGGUUUUUCCUCAUGUUUGCUCUAAUAAACAGAUAGUUGGCAAUUGACUGCUGCUUGCGCUUGCCGUUGUUGCCAAUGCGCCAGCGGAUCUAUCAAUUUGUAACAUUUUCAGGCUCCCACACCGACGAACGACUCUGAGGAGGAAAAGGAGAUCAGGAAUCCGGCAACCUGAUGGAGAAAAUCAGCCAGAAGAAGGGGUCUGGGCCAUCGGCAUCGCCUGGCAACUCCUUAUUUUUUCUCCUCUUCUGAGGCAACUCCGGCAGCCACUUUGGCCACAGAACUUGAACAUGAGUGCAAUCAAAUGUAUUACAUUUUGUGCAACUUAAGCGUCGGCUGAAGUGCCGAAGACAGCUGGCAAAGAGAGUGCGGACAGGGGAUAUGUACAUAUAUAUGCUCGUGCCAUACAUAAGUACAUACAUCGGAGGCAAGGGGGCAGCUUGGCAACUGGAAUAUAUCCGCCGCUGGAUGCAAUGAUUUCCUGAAAAACUCAAGUCUGGAUGACUCAAGGCUGAGUCUGGAUGAGGAACUAAGCAGAUGAGGUGGACGGCAAAAGGAAAUGUGGCACACAUACAGAGGCGCCUUAGAGUAUGCAACAUGCGCCAUAAAAAUGGGCCAAACAAGGAAAUUGCUAGAAAUGCAUUUUGUGGCUUAUCAGCCGUGAAGGAAGAGCGAGCAGAGAAGAGAAAGGAAAGGAAAGCGGAGAGCUGGGAAAAUCAAUCGAGUUUGUUCGACAAAUAUCCGCUCAAAUGGAAAUUGACAGGAAAACCCGAAAGAGAUAGGUACAUUUGGCCAACGGGGAGAAAGUGCAGGGCAAUUAGAUGUCAUCGCAGUUAAACGAUUUUUAACUAUGACAAAUUCACAAUGUUAGCUCAAUUGGCCAUAAUGCCCUGAUUGAUGACAAGCUUAAAUAGGCAAAGAGGGUGGACAUGAUAUGAUUAUCCAACAAUUUCCACUGCACUGUUUGCCAACUAAUCAAUGGAAAAGUCGGAAAAGCGGGCGAUGCAACCUCCAUUUCCAUUUCCCGCCACACUUCUUCCCAUUGCCCAUUUUUUCUGACUCAAUCGGCUGUCAUUGUCCUUGGCGUUUGUCAAACAAAGCAAAAACUUGCUAAAUUCUCUGCUCAAACAGUUCAAGCAUGAAAAAAUUUGGCAUCGAGACGCAUGGAAGAAAAGCCAGUGGGUGGUGGAAAAGCGUGUGGGUGGUGGUGGUGGGAAUGACGAACGGGUGCGCAAAGUAAAGUAAAGUAAAGCAAAGAACUUUAUACCUAAAAGGGAUUUAUUUGAUGGCUUGUCUAACUUGUGCCCUUCACUCUUCACACGACCCGGCCACGCCCCUUACGCCCCAGCCAGCCCCAGCCCAUUUCCACCCACACCCCCCGCCAUACAGUCCCGGCAUGACGUAGCACUUUUACAAAUGAAGUUUUAUAACUUUGCCUCCGUCUGAUUUGUCAAAGAGCGAAAGAGACACGGCGCCCAAAAGUGAAAUGCGACAAAAUGGAAUGAAAUUAAAUGCAUUUUGAAAAAUGAUAAAGUUCUGGCCAACAAGAAAAAGGUUUCCCCUUUGGUCUUCUGUCUAUCUUCAAGCCAAGUCGCUCAAAUCAGUGUGGAUAGGGUACGAUUUAAGGUGUUUGAUUUACUCACUGCUUCCAUGUGCAAAAGGGU